CUCGAGCAGCUGCCAGGUGGUCGCACAUCACAGGUCCCCAGUUAAAGCAUACUUGCCCUUCCCCUCGGGUUGGUUCAAUUGAGGGUUUCGUACCCCUUGCCGAUCAAGCUACCGUUGCUGUCGAAUGAGGAGCUCGAUGCUGGUUUAUUUCCUAGCUUACAACUACGAUCCAUCUCCCUGCCGAGUUUCUGGAAAUCUUGUCACGACUUAGGGAAACCUAGAUAUCGAUAUCGUAAUCAAUCGGGCCAAUCUUUUGCGAUACGCAAUAUCUACAUAACGAUAUUUUCCUACUUCCUUCCUCUACGGCUCGCUUGCAACUGUCUUAACCAUGCUCACUAUGACAAGGUUACCGUCCGACUCCUUCCUGCCGUCGAGCGCUAUGCUUGAUCCAAAUCCACGUUCCAUGUCCUUCGCCUCUCAUCUUAAUGGUCACUCUUCAACAUCAGUAAUUUCUCCACUAUCUCUACCGCGCGCAUUGAAUAAUCUAUCUUACUUGGACGAGUCAAACCUUUCAAACUUAUCGCCUCCCGAUCAUACACAUUCGCCAUCAAUUUCCGUAAUUGCGCAGUCUCAGCAGCAGUAUCUUUCUCCACGUCCAAGUUCCCCGAACGGUCAUCGAAUCGGGGCUGCUGUAGCAUCUCCGUCUUUAGUACCUAGUACUACCUCCUCACUCAGCAAUAUGAGCAAUCAAACUCUACUCAACCUGCUACAGCGCAGGGAAGAGCAGAAUAGAAAAUUGAUUGAAAAUUGGCGUGCCGAGCGUGCCCAUUUGGAGGCUAGUCGCACUCGAGCUGAGGAAAUGUAUCAGGAAGAACGGGCGAUAAUUGAUGAGGAACGAAUGAUCUGGAUUGAGGAGAAGAGCAACCUCCAGAGAGAUUUGUCUGAAUGGAAAAAGAGGACAGAAGUAGCCGAAAAGCAGAGGGACGAGAUGGCUAGCCUGCUUAGGAGCAUGCAGACCCAAGGCAGUCAAUCAAAGAUAUCGUUUGACGGUGCUGCUGAGCCUACUAUGGGCUCUCUCAGAGGCGGUGGUCUUAGCAGCGCUGAGACCUAUUCGCAGUCAAGUGUCAAUUUUUGGAGCCCAUCAGACGGCACAUCUCCCAUAAGAGUUUUGCCUGGUGAGCUUCACGUCAGCGAGUUUCACGGAUCGACGACGAUGCCAGAGUCGAGACCUUUCAUUCCCUUGGAUCCACGUAUGCAGGGCUCGUCACCAGGAGUGAGUUCACCGGUGUCCCAGCAAGAUCGUGUUCCCUCUAUCGAUAUACAGGAGGUCAUUCCCGGAUUGGAAGGAAUCCGAGUCAGGCCGGAUAUCGUCCAGAAGGCGACAUUUACCGAUGAUAAGCCAUCUGAAUCAUCUCCCGAGUCAAUCUUGCUCCCUGUCCCUGGAGCUAAGCAGGAAUCAAUUCGUACACGUGUUGUGCCAGCUGAUUUGACAAAAGAGACGCUCCAAGCUCCCGAGUCCGAUAGACUUACCAUGCAUGCCGGGCACACACCGAACCAUUCCAUCUCCUUAUCCAGGCUCCAUACCGUUGAGUCUACUGAGGUAGUCAACACAGCUGGUAGUUCUGGUUCAUCAACCCCCAAGUGUUGUGAUGCGGAGGAUAAGCAGGUUCAAGUGCCCGAGAAAGUCCCGAACUGUCAGACAUCAUGUUGCGGCCUUGGAUGUCCUAAAGCUGCCGAGGCUCAGGACGAACUCGAGGAUGAAAGAGACAAAGAUCCGGAAUUAAAGGGGCCAUUAACCCUUCGCAACCUUCCAGCGGCUGACGAACCAUUUCUCAAGGCUCUUAAUGAAAAGCUUGCCGAUGUUAUCACUCACGAUAUGACCCCUACUGUUCUUAAGCAUGGGAAUUAUUUUAGGCCAGCUGCAUCUGAGCCAAUUAUCGAGACCGGUGAUGAUGAUGCACACGAUGCUCGUGAAAAAUUAGAAGAGCAGGAGCAAGAGAUCCCGCUAAAGUUAAAGCAAUCGAGUAACUUUGGCGCACCUCUCGGGCAGCUUCGAAAGCCGGCAUCGUAGUAGAUGCGCUCCGGUAGUUAUUGUUGCUAACGUGAUGGGCGAUCUCGUCUAUAACUCACGUUCUUCGUACACAAUACCGUCACCUUUGUCAUAUUUACUCGACGGAGAUCUUUUUGCACAGCCAGUGAGGCUGCCUGUCUAGUUUUGAGCAUACCCACAACGAGCUCUAAAUUUCCUUUUUCCUAUGACCUUUGA